CUCACCCGGGAGGGGCACGGGGGAAGGGGCCGUGGGCCUCUCGGUUAACGAGCUUCGGGGGUUGCGGCGGGUUAGUGACAGGCGCGCUUGGCAAUCGCCUGUGCCGCUUUGCUUGGGAGCACUCGAACUGGCGCCCGGAAGACGUGAUUUUCAAAGCUAAUUAUGAAAACAUUUGUCAUUGGAAUCGGUGGUGUGACAAAUGGUGGGAAGACAACAUUGGCUAAAAAUUUGCAGAAACGCCUUCCAAACUGCAGUAUCAUAUCUCAGGAUAAUUUCUUUAAGCCAGAGUCUGAGAUAGAGACAGAUGAAAAUGGAUUUCUUCAGUAUGAUGUGCUUGAAGCACUUAACAUGGAGGAAAUGAUGUCCGCCAUCUCCUGCUGGAUGGAAAGCGCAGCACACCCCCUGGCAUCAACAGACAGGGGAAACACUGCGGAAAUUCCCAUCUUAAUUAUCGAAGGUUUCCUUCUCUAUAAUUAUAAGCCCCUUGACACUAUAUGGAAUAGAAGCUAUUUUCUGACCAUUCCGUAUGAAGAAUGUAAGAGGAGGAGGAGUACAAGGAUCUACGAGCCUCCAGACACCCCAGGGUAUUUUGAGGGCCACGUGUGGCCCAUGUAUCUAAAGCACAGAAAAGAAAUGGAGAACAUCUCAUGGGAAAUCGUUUACCUAGAUGGAACAAAAUCUGAAGAGGACCUCUUUUCACAAGUGUAUGAAGACCUAAUACAAGAACUAGCAAAGCAAAAGUGUCUGCAAGUGACAGCGUAAAGUUGGAAUGCACUGAAUCCUUCCUGGAGUGAAUUAGGAAAUUCAAAGGAAUCUAUGCAAGAACCUUAACCAAGAUACAAUGUGUACUUCGGUACGAUGACAGCCUGUUGUUUUGUUUGUUUGUUUCUCUGUUUGUUCUAUCACACAUGAUUUCCUUAACACAUGGAAAAGUAAGUAGUUAUCCAUGACUAUGGACAGGAAUUUACCUUAACUUUGUUCUCACUCCAGGAAUUACAAGAUACAGCAUAGUUCACAAAGAGUGAGUCAGUUUCUCUAGACCAGGGAUUGUCAAACUCUUCUGUAUGGGACCCAGAGUAAGGAAUAAGAUAUAGAUCACAAUCCAGUAUAUAUGUAAUCUAUUGAUGUGUGUGUUUGUGUGUAUGUGUCUAUAUGUGUUGCAUGUAUCAUAUCAAGAAUCAUAAAAUAUUUACCUCACAUACAAUGUACUCUUGAUAUUUUUCUAUUUUUAAUUUUUUAAAAAUAUUGGUUACCAUCCCAUACCAACGCCCACCUCCUGCAAAUAAUGGGAUUACCAGGAGUAGUCAUAUUGGUAAUCAUAUUGAAUAAAUCAACAAUU